GUGAGCGCGCGGUGACGUCGGUGGACGUACGCGUUCACGUUUCCGCGCGCCUACCAACGCUAGCUGGGGCGAAAAAUCCCCGAGCGAAAGAUCCAGCGACAGCCAGCCUGAGCUUCCUGACUCAGAGGCUUAACCAGGUUGUCCGUGCGCUCCAGCGUGCGUGGAGAGGAGGGAUUUCCCCGCAGCGAACUCGCACCGUAUUUCCCCCUCUUUUGCACGACUGGAGGCUGAAGUUUUUCUCGACCGAGCGCGGUUUUUAGAGUUUCCACGGGAGCGCGGCGGCACCACUCGGCGCGUCGUGUAACGCGGGGAGGAGAGGGCAGAAGUUUCCGCUGGCGGAGCCGCAGGAAUGUCGCACAACGAGAGACCCACGUUCUAUCGACAGGAGCUCAACAAAACCGUGUGGGAAGUCCCGGAGCGCUACCAGAACCUGUCUCCCGUCGGCUCCGGUGCUUACGGAUCCGUGUGUUCAUCGUAUGAUGUAAAGACGGGCCUGAAGGUAGCGGUGAAGAAGUUGUCCAGACCUUUCCAGUCCAUUAUCCACGCAAAGAGAACCUACAGAGAGCUGCGGCUGCUUAAACACAUGAAGCAUGAGAACGUGAUCGGCCUCUUAGACGUUUUUACUCCGGCGACGAGCUUAGACGAGUUCAACGACGUAUAUUUGGUGACGCAUCUUAUGGGAGCGGAUCUGAACAACAUCGUAAAGUGUCAGAAGUUGACUGACGACCACGUUCAGUUCCUCAUCUACCAGAUCCUCAGAGGCUUGAAGUACAUCCACUCUGCAGAUAUCAUCCACAGAGACUUGAAGCCCAGCAAUCUGGCUGUAAACGAAGACUGUGAGCUUAAGAUCCUUGACUUUGGUUUGGCACGGCACACAGAUGAUGAAAUGACGGGAUACGUUGCCACCCGGUGGUACCGAGCCCCUGAGAUCAUGCUGAACUGGAUGCACUACAACAUGACAGUGGAUAUCUGGUCAGUGGGUUGCAUCAUGGCAGAACUUCUCACAGGACGGACGCUCUUCCCUGGCACAGAUCACAUUGAUCAGUUGAAGCUUAUAAUGAUGCUCGUCGGAACCCCAGGGCCCGAGCUCUUGGUGAAAAUCUCCUCAGACUCUGCAAGGAACUACAUCAGUUCACUUCCCCACAUGCCCAAGAGGAACUUUGCUGAUGUGUUUAUUGGUGCCAACCCUCUUGCUGUGGACUUGCUGGAAAAAAUGCUCGUGUUGGACACAGACAAGCGGAUCACAGCGUCUGAGGCUCUGGCCCACUCCUACUUCGCUCAGUACCACGAUCCAGACGACGAGCCCGAAGCGGAGCCUUACGACCAGAGCUUUGAAAGCCGCGAGCUGGACAUUGAGGAGUGGAAGAGGUUAACCUACGAAGAGGUUCUCAGCUUUGUGCCGCCAUCUUUAGAUGAAGACGAGAUGGAAUCGUGAGGGGAAGGCACCUUUUUCUUUAGCUGUAUUUGACUUUAUUAAUUUUUUUUUCAUGAAACACUCUUAAAAUUGUCAAUCUCACGUGACUAUCCAUCACUUUUCUUACUCGCACACAGCCAUGACAUUCAAGUGCCUGCCAUCGUUCAUAUCUGGGAGGACGUUGUGAUAACAGAUGGGGGGAAGAACAGAAGCAAAACUUCUGUUCAUGUCGUCCCUCGUCUUUCUGAUUUUGUUACCUUUUUAUCCCUACAUGAUGAGGCCAAGUUUAAACUCAUGCUUUUUGUUUAGUUUCUGCCUCAAACUUUUCAUUUUUUAUUGUGUUUCCCCUCAAAGAAAGACAACAAAUAACAACAAAUCAGAGAAUGAGACUUUCAGAUUCCUGUUUUUAAAUUUUUACUACUUGGCAGGAAACAUUACAACAGAAAAUGUGUCUUUCUUUCACAUGUCAGAUUAAAUGUUACUGUGUGGACAGGACUGUGUAGAUAUUACAGCAAGCAGUAUUUGUACAUAAGUAUUUCAGGCAAAAUGAUUACCUUAUUAUGUAAUAAUCAUAACUUGCUGGGCCGCACCGUAGCCCACCUCUUUAACAGUAUGACUCUGAUCACUAAGGUUUGUCCACAAAUAGCAUAAUAUUUGUAAUUUAUAAAUAGUUAUGUACAGAAUAGGAGGAAAAUAAGUGAAAUAUAAAUUCAUUCUGAUGAGAAAAGGGUUAGGCUUUAUAUUUCUUGCUGGUUUUGUAGACUUAGAUUAUUUUUUUCUCCACGAAAAUGAUUUUGUAGCGUACUUGAUAUUCAUUUCACCAAAUGUUUAAAAGUUUCCACCGGUUUUCUUAUUAAUUCAUAACAUUUCUGUAGUUAAAACAAUUUGUUUUAUAGCUGUCCGCUCCAGUAUCCCAGCAGCUCAGUGAAAACAGGUUUGGUGUGGUAAUUUAUUCAGAUUUCCAUAAAACAAACAUCUCGCAGUUUAAUUUAAUGACAUUACAUUUUAAAACCACAGUACAAUUAUUGUUUGUUUGAAUGUUCGGGGCUCCGCAUGGCCCUGUAUUUAUGAGCUUUUUGUUCUGUUUGUAUAUCAGUGUAAAAGAGAAUUAUUAUUUGUUGGAAUAUUAGGUUUUUGUUAUUUAUGGAAAGCUUGUUGUAUCAGUAUCCAAACGCAUCAAUGACUGCAGUUACAGCUCCUGUUUCUAAACCAACCAACCAAUAAAAAGAACCAUUUAGUUUAGAGUUAUUGGUACAUUAAGGUUUGCUGAAAAUGUCACAUGUUAAACAAUCCUGUUUAGAUAAACAUUGACAAUAAUCAUAAGAAGCAAAGUGUGUAUUCCAGUCAAAUCACUAUUUAUGCAACAACGCACUAAAUUGCAGAACUUUUUUUCUGAAGCAAAAACCUUUUUUCAUUUUAGACCCCAGUUAAAUGUCACAAACAUGUUGUAUCCACAUUUUGUCACCACUUGUUUCAUGGUUUUAAUCGUCUAAUAUUUUAAGUUACUCCCUGCGUUUUUAAAUCAAGAGUUGAUGUAAUUCAGUUGUGUAUACGGAGCUGUAGCACCGUAUUGUUCGGUUAAAUGUAUUAGCAGGGCAUGAGUGGACGUUUACUCACUGGAUGCUGAAGCCUCACACUUUGUCAUAUUUUUUUACACAACUGCAUCUGUUUAAUAUUUAUCUUCUCAUCUCAAAUGUCAACGAUUGUUCUGGUUUUGCUUGCUUAAUUAUUAUUUUUUGGUUCUUGACCGUAUGUACCAAGAACAGUGGGCCGUGCUCUCUGUAAAUAUAACACCAUCAGACAAAUA